AAAUCCUAGUUGCCGAAAAAGCGGCCACUUUUGGGAGUGGAGCGUUACGCAACCAUCCACAAACCAAAAGAGAAACAGAAAAAAAAAAGCAGCAGCAUUUCCUUCCUGUUUACUUCUUCCCCAAUCCCCCGAUCGAAAUCCCUUCUACUUCCUACUAGUAUCUCAUCGAUUUCGAUCCCCGCCCGAGCAUCCAGCUCGUGAUUUGCCCGAAAAUUCUUUGCCUCCCCACCACCCAACCUGAAUCCGGGGAGAAGAAGAGAAGCCAAGAAAAAGCUUUUGCAAGUUCGAUCGAUUUAUGAUCCAAUUUUGAAGAUACUUCCGGCCACCGCUGGUCCAUUCCGGCGCCGCCGUUUCCCGGAGAUGGGGAACAUGGGCAGCAGCGGCGGCGGCGGCGGCCACCGUCGACGGAACAACAGCCACGGCCGGCAUCACCACCAAAACCAGCCUCCCACGCCGCCGCCGCCGCCGCCGCAGCAGCAGCAGCAACAGCAACCGGAGGUGGCGCCGAACCGCUACGUGUUCGCGGCGGCGAGCCCUUUCCCGCCGCAGUACCCGGGCCCCAACGCGCCGCAGUACUACCCGCAGUACGGGAACUUCUACCCGCCGCCGCCGUCGAUGCCGGGGCCCCUACCGGCGCCGUACGACCACCACCACCGCGGUGGCGGGCCAGCACCGCCGCCACCGCCGCCGGCACCCCAGCCAAUCCACGCCGCAGGGGAGUUCCCGCCUGCUAUGCUGCAACAGCACCCCCAGUACCAUGCCUGGGGUGGUAGUUUCUCCUAUGGUCCACCCGCCCAGGCGCCAGCGCCGCCGUACGUCGAACACCAGAAGGCCGUCACCAUCCGCAACGAUGUGAAUCUAAAGAAGGAGACACUCCGGAUCGAGCCCGACGACGAGUGCCCCGGACGGUUCCUCGUCGCCUUCACCUUCGACGCCACGGUCGCUGGAAGCAUGACUGUUUACUUCUUUGCAAAGGAGGAGUUGAACUGCAACCUUACAGCAACAAAAGAAGAUUUACUCAAGCCAGUCACUGUAACAUUCAAAGAAGGUCUUGGUCAAAAGUUUAGGCAACCUUCAGGGACAGGAAUUGACUUCUCGUUGUUUGAAGAUGCUGAAUUGUUUAAGGAGGGAGAGAUGGAUGUAUAUCCACUUGCUGUGAAGGCUGAAACUACACUUUCAAUUGGUCAAUUGUCAGAAGGGGAAGAACACAAGUCACAAACUCCAAAUUCACAGAUUACCCAGGCUGUAUUUGAGAGGAAAGAGCAUAGGGAUUACCAUGUUCGUGUUGUUAAGCAGAUCCUUUGGGUCAAUGGAACAAGAUAUGAGUUGCAGGAAAUUUAUGGAAUUGGAAAUUCUGUUGAAGGUGAUACUGAAGGGAAUGAUCCUGGGAAAGAGUGUGUUAUCUGCCUAUCAGAGCCAAGGGAUACAACUGUCCUCCCGUGUAGACAUAUGUGUAUGUGCAGCGAGUGCGCAAAGGUUCUGAGGUACCAGACCAACCGAUGCCCCAUCUGCAGGCAACCUGUGGAGCGACUGCUCGAGAUUAAAGUCAACAACAAAGGUGAAGAACAGCAGCAGACACCGCAAUCACCACCACCACCACCUUCUACCGCACCUUUGCAGCAGCAGCAGCAGCAGCAAGAGUCACAAGCCUGAUUGCGGUUGGGCAUUCAUUCAUACACAUGGCAUUCACUACCUGAUGCCUGGUUUGCUGCCUCCAAUAUAUAGACAGGAAGCUCCCUUGAAUAAGUUGGAAGAAUCAGGAGAAGACAGUGUUGUUGCGGUAUUUAGUACUAUAUGUGAGCACAAAAAGGCUCGCUGCGCCGUGGUUUGCAAACUUGCAUAUAUUGUUCGGUAAGGAACGAAUGGGAUGAUGCAUCCACGAAAACAAGGUCUGUACAGGAAUUCUCUCUACUUUGUAUUGCUGCGAUGUUGAUGGAGGUUGGAGUUUGGUAUUUGGCUGUGGUUU